ACGUGGCAAGUACACAGAUCACUUCCUGUAUUAUUUUGUGCUGUGUUGACAUCCGUCUCAUACAGACAUAUCUUACGUCUGUCAAGCAGGACUUCCUGGGACUUUAUUAGCAGCUUUUAAUUCACUACUCAGGCCGUUGGCAGUGUGAGGUGAGCGGGCUGCUUUCUUACAUGAGGAGCGGUCUGUAGGCGCUCAGCAGCCGGACAGGAGAGAUGGAGGCUGGGCAGCUGCUACUGGUGUUUCUCGGGGGGCUGCUGGAGGUCUGCAACGGCGUCGCCACAAACAGAGGAGGGUAUCCCUCCUUUACUGACGAAAUCCCCUUUAAAAUCAGCUGGCCAGGACCUGAAUUCACGCUGCCAGCUACCGGGGUGCUGUACAAGGAGGACGACUUUGUUAUCAUGACAACAACGGAGAAGGAGAAGUAUAAAUGUCUGCUGCCUUCCCUGACAUCUGGAGAUGAGGAUGACGAGAAGGACUACACUGGGCCCAGCCCAGCCGAUCUGCUGGAGCCGCUAUUCAAACGAAGCAGCUGCUCGUACCGGAUUGAGUCAUACUGGACAUAUGAAGUAUGCCAUGGGAAGCAUAUAAGGCAGUACCAUGAAGAGAAGGAGACCGGCCAGAAAGUUAGUGUUCAAGAGUACUUUCUGGGGAACAUGGCACAGAAGAGCCAGUCAACAGAGACGGAUAAAGGAGAAGAGGCAGCCGAAACCGUCAAACCAGCAGUUGAAACUGAAGUGCCUACUAAGAAUAUAGAGGGUCAGCUGACUCCCUACUUCUCGUUGGAGAUGGGGAAUGGGACUCCCUGCGUGCUGAAACAGAACGAGGCUCGCUCCACAGCCGUGCUGUACGUCUGCCACCCAGAGGCCAGGCAUGAGAUCCUGUCUGUCGCCGAGGUUACCACCUGUGAAUACGAGGUGGUGGUGCUGACACCGCUGCUCUGCGCACACCCCAAAUACAGGUUCAAGUCGUCCCCGGUGAAUGCCAUCUUCUGCCAGGCUCUGGCCGGCUCCCCUUUGCGGCCCUUGCGGCUCGCCCAGUUGGACAAGGAGCAAGAGGAGCAGCUUAAACCGCCUUUCACCGCCACCACGGAGACCAGAGAGGAGGAGACCAACCAACCGGUGAGAGAGGAAGCCUUCACCUCCACUCACAAACCCAUGGCUGUGGGAGGGCAGGCGCAGGUCACUGUCGGCACCACUCACAUCUCUCGUUUGACGGACGACCAGCUAAUUAAGGAGUUCCUCAGUGGCUCGUACUGUCUGCAUGGGGGGGUUGGGUGGUGGAAAUAUGAAUUCUGUUACGGAAAACAUGUCCAUCAGUACCAUGAGGAUAAAGAGCAAGGAAAGAACAUUGUCGUGGUGGGGAACUGGAACGCCGUGGAGCACACCGAGUGGGCCAAGAAGAACGUCGCCCGAUCCUACCAGCUCAAAGACGACGGAGUGCAGAAAGUCAAGCUGGUCUCCCACUUCUACGGCCACGGGGAUGUGUGUGAUCUGACAGGGAAGCCCAGACAGGUCAUUGUCAAGCUCAAAUGUAAGGAGUCUGAGUCUCCCCAUGCUGUCACUGUCUAUAUGCUGGAGCCUCAGACUUGUCAGUACAUCCUUGGGGUUGAGUCUCCAGUCAUAUGCAGGAUUCUUGACACUGCUGAUGAAUUUGGACUUCUGUCAAUCUCCAGCUAGGCUAACAAAGGUCGUAUGACGGCAACGGCUCAUGAAGGACAAAGAGAGGACGGACAGAUGGAGGCGCACUUGAAAAGAGAGAAUAUUUAUCAUAAAAAAGAAGGCUAUUUGGUGGAGGACGAUGAAUGCCCGUGGCACUGCGCUAAAAGCCAAAAUCAAGGUUUAACUGAGGUUAAACUCGCUCCUGAGGCUGGACUUCACGUAGCCUCGGAGCCCAGCCUCAGCUUGUGCCGCGAUCUGGGCCACAUCAUCCAGGUACAUCGCAGCCUAAUUCAGCAGGCUAGCUCAGACUUGAAAACACAGAGAAGGCAGUGGAUUUAUUGCCUCUACUCCAUAUCUAUGCUUCACUUUGUGUUGAUUAAUUGCAAGCAAAGGAGUGAUGAAUCAGGGGAUUCGUAAUCAUCAGGGGAAUCACGUUGUUCAUGGUGGUUUUAAUGUCUUUAAAGUUUAUUUGUGCUUAUGUGUGUUUGGUAUGAAAAUGAGUAGCUGCUUGAUUGCUGCACUUUGUACUUAUAGAAAGGGGGGGAAGAGCAAGUGUGAAAAUGUUGUGCAGCUGUGAGAAUGUGUGCUGUGUUCAUUUAUUGGAUGCGUGAGUGUAAGUUAUGCAUUAGAGGCUGCCGUGGAAUCGUAAAAAAAGUGAGUGGUUGAUUAAAGUUUCCUUUAGGUUUGUUGGAUGUACAGAAUGUCUGUGGGUUCCUGUAAGAGGUAUUCUGUGGUUUUAUGAAGAUGCACACUGGGAUCCUGAUUACUGCUGUAUCACAGGGAUACAAACCAAUGCAUUUGCAGCAAAGAAUAAAACUCAAACGUGAAACCUCA